CUCGGCUUGGGGCUCUUUCCGGGCUUGGACGGGGCGCCAAUGACGCUGUUGUAACCCAGGUGGGAAUCACUGAGUGUCUCAGUGAGCGGGUGCUAAAGGCUUCGGUGUUGUAACCAAUUCAUUGGCGUAAGUGUACUGAGAAAAGAAACGGAGAGCAAGGAUAAGAAAUCACCGAUAAAAGCAAAUUUAAGAAUGAUAAUAAAGAAAAAGAGAAAAGAAAUUCAUGAGGAGCCUGUACAGAAAAAGAAAAAGGUGAAGACUAUCAUUGAAAUUGAGGAAGAUGUUCAAACUGUCAUUAAAACUGAGGACAAUGGCCAUCUCAAGAAAAAAACAAAGACAAGGAAAAAGGAAAAUUUAAAAGAUGAAUGCUUACACAAAUUGCAACCAAAGAAUAAUAAGAAAAAGAAGAAGAAAAUUGGCUCUGAAUUACUCAGAGAAGAUAAUUUAGAAAGCUUUGUGAAUAUAAAAGGUCAUUUGGAUUUACAACUUCAAGAAGAAUCCGAGGAACAAAUUAAAAUAAUCAAAAAGAAGAAAAAUAAAGUCCCGUGUCAUUUCUCCUUGGAGAAUAAUGAGAGUAGUGAUGUGGAGCUUUCAAAUCAUUGCACAGAUGGUACUAAAAAAAAUGAAUUCUCUUUUAAAAAGAAGAGAAAGAAUACUGCUUUGGAUUUGGAAUUGGAUGGUGAAGUAACAAAGAAAAAAAAGAAGAAAUGCAGUUUUUUGUUAGAGGGCAUCCAGGACAGUGAACAAAGGCAAUCUGCAAAAGGCUGUAAAAACACCCACAAAUGCACUUCAAAAGAAGCAGUUUCUACAGGUGAAGACUAUGACACAGGUAAUGCCCAGAAUGGUGGGGAGAGUUGUGUGAGAAGAAGGAAGAAAAAGAAAGAUAAAUCUGACUGCUUUUUACCACUGGCACAUAAUGAGGACAACAUGCAUCACGUUCCUGGUCACCCCACUGCAAGUGACUUCAGAAAAAGGAAGAAACAUAAUUCCUGGGAAUUUACAUUGAGAAGCGGAGAGGAAGAGGACAAAAUUAAGAACUUUGGGUGUAUCAAAGAGAGGAAGAAGAAGAAGAAGAAGAAAAAAAAAGCUGUUUCUUCCCCAACCUAUGAAGAUAAGCAAGACUGCAGUCACAGCAUUCCUGAUAAGCAUCUCCCAGCACAGCAAGAAGUUGAGCUUGAGGAAGAGCUGUUUGGAAAGAAACACAGGAAGAAUUUCAAGGAUAAUAAUGAAGUCAGUAAGAAGAAAAAGAAGAAGAUUAAGAAAAAGGAGAGGGAAACAACAUACUCAGAAGUUUCUUUAAAUAAUGACAGUGCUUCUAAAAGCACUUCUAAAAUAAUACUAGAAAGCAAUAAGAAGAACAAAGAGAGUGAAAUGGAGCGAGCUCAGUGUGUUACAGGGGACACUGUGGAUGGGGAAUUAUGCAAUAGUAAUCCUGUACUGUGUGACAAAAAAAGUAAAAAAGUACCACCACAGGACUUAGCUGGAGAACCAGGUUCAAAAGCAGAUGGAAAAAAGAUCAAGACAGAAUCACCAUGGAAUGGGUCAGUGGAACAUCUAGAUGAUGGUGUAAUUGUUGUGCAGGAAAAGAAAGGAAACUGUGAUGAAAUUAACAUAGACAAGGUGAGGCGGCAGGCCCUGCAAGAAGAAAUUGACAGAGAAUCUGGCAAAACCAAGGCUCUCAGUUCCAAAGUGGGACAGGAUACGAAGCUUGGACAGUGGAGUACAGCUACUUUUAAAAGUUCUGAGGAACAAAGGAAGUUUUUUAGACUGAUGGGUGGCUUUAAAAAAGGUUCUGUGCCUAUCCAAAGUCCCUCAGCAACUACAAACAAACCAAACAUGGCUCUGAACCAGGAAGGGGAGGAGAAGUUACAGCAGGCUCUGAAGAUGGAGUUUGAUAAAGCAAUGGACUUGAAGCAACACAGAAGAAUUGGUCUUGGAUUUCAGCCUAAUGCAAACAAAAAAGCAUACAUAGACAAGUACUCAUCUAGAUCUAUAAAAUUUGAAGAUUAAAACUCA